CAUCCUGGGCCGCCUCUCGGGCUCGAUACCCGCUCGUGCGGUCGCCGUCGGUUGUGCGGCAGCAGCCGGAGGCGGAGGGUGCGGGGAAGGAGGCCUAGAGGGGACGCUCCGCCGAGCCCGCGGUUUCAGAAGCGCCGCUGUCGCUAUGGCCCCGAUCAAGGUGGGCGAUGCCAUCCCAUCGGUGGAGGUAUUGGAAGGGCAGCCCGGGAACCAGGUGAACCUGGCGGAGCUGUUCAAGGGCAAGAAGGGGGUCCUGUUUGGAGCCCCUGGAUCCUUUACCCCUGGUUGUUCCAAGACUCACCUGCCAGGGUUUGUGGAACAGGCUGGGGCUCUGAAGGCCAAGGGCGCCCAGGUGGUGGCAUGUCUGAGUGUUAACGGUGUCUUUGUGGCUGAAGAGUGGGGACGAGCCCACAACACGGAAGGCAAGAUUCGGCUUCUGGCGGACCCCACGGGGGCCUUCGGGAAGGAGACAGGUUUGUUACUGGAUGACUGGUUGGUGUCCCUCUUUGGGAAUCGCCGGCUCAAGAGAUAAAAGUUCUCCGUGGUGAUAGAGGAUGGUGUAGUGAAGUCCCUCAAUGUGGAGCCAGAUGGCACAGGCCUCACCUGCAGCCUGGCCCCCAACAUCCUCUCGCAGCUCUGAGGCCCUGGGCCCAGACUACUCCCUCGACCUUUUCCUCUUCCACCUGCCCAGCCAGGGGCAGAGGCCCAGUCCAGCUUCAGCUGCGCCACCAAGUUGAAGGCUUGGCCAGAUUUCUGCAAUAAACACUUCUGGUUAAAAAAAAAAAAAGAAUUCUCGGAAAAGGAAAUUUUAGCUAGACCCAGAAGAAGGCAUAAGAUCAACAUUAAGGGAGCAAGGAGGGCACUUGAGAUGGGAAUGAACAUCUAUGCAGAGCAGUUGUACAAAACAUCACUGAAGCUAAAAGUUCCAAUUGGGAAAGGGUGAAGGAGUAGAUUAGAGAACUAAGUAGGGCUAUAUUAAAUAUUUAUAACGUACAUAUUUAAGUUAAUGUAAUAUGAAGGCUGAGCUGCAGCAGGAAGUAGGAAUACCACUGGAUCACAGAAUUGUCUUAAAUUUGUUGGUAACAUUUAAGCAAACGACAUUUAUCAGUUAUGAAAGGACUUCAUUAUACAUGGAGAGCAUAUGAUAUCUUGUAGCUCUGUUUUGUAUAUUGACAAAGGAGAGGGGAGGGGGAAGUACAGUUAACCCUUGAACAAUGUGGGGGUUAGGGGCACCAACACUCCCCCUGCCCUCCCUCCACCCCACACACACACCCUGCAGUUGAAAUCCACAUUGUAGACGAAAAAGGGGCCACAUACGAAACCUAACAAACUGCAUGCAGGCCUUACAAACUCAAGAGACCUAAAAUAACCAUGGAGGAUGAUCUGAAAUUAAAACUUCCUAACAAAAAGUGAGUCAUGUUGGGUAGUCAUGCCCUAGGCAGUAUCUUCUCUGACCAAGGUCAAUCUUUACCUUAACUGAGCUUGUCUAUUUUUACAUCUAUGAUAAUAUACCUUUGGAAUGUCAGAGAAAUUCCCUUUUUCUAGACCCCUAAGGGCACAACCUCCCACUAGAACAAGAGACCACAGAAACCCUCAUUAUUAUCUUGUUCUCCUACAUACCAUCGCUAUGUGCUGUAAAUAAUAAUUGGUAAUUAUCUUAUACCUGCCUAUGUAAAAGAAGUAUAUCUAUCCGUUUUACUUUUUAUCCAAUCUCAGAGAUAUCCCCACUUUGCUUUCUCCCACCUCCCUAAUCUAUCACCAGUGGAUUUCAUGGAAUCCCUUAUGUCUUCCUCUUUGAUUUUUAUGUAUAAAAUAAGUGGUAAAACAGCCAUUUUCUGGAGCAUUUUCUCAGUCUGUUAAGAUUUUGCUUCCUGGCGAUUGACAGCAGUUUGGCUCAAUAAACUCAUAAAAUUCUUAUAGGUUUAGCCCAGACUGGGUGGCUCAGAUGGUUGGAGUGUUGUCCCAUACACCAAAAGGUUUCAGGUUUGAUUCCCAGUCAGGACACAUACCGAGGUUGCAGGUUUGUUCCCCAGUUGGGGUAUCAAGGUACAUUUUGGGAGGCAACCGAUCAAUGUUUCUCUCUAAAAAUUAAAAACAUAUCCUCAGAAGAGGAUUU